CUGGGGCGGGAGGCGAUGGGGGGGCGCAGGUGGGCCAUGGGAGACCUGGACAGGGUGACAGGGAGACCCUUGGCGCGAGGUAGAGGGAUACGUGGAGGACCCAGGAUGCUGGGGAGGCAACCAGAGGGGCCAUGAAGGGCUCCCGGGCGCCCGCGCGAGUUGGGUAGAAUCUGCGGCAGCCAGCAACGAGGGCGGGGCUGGUGUCCGCCUGGGCGAGAGCUGAGGACACAGGACUGCCUCCACCAGAGAGGCCCCGCGGCACUGGAAGCUGAGCCAAGCACGCAGCAGCGGAGGGCAGUUGCGGGGACGGAGCUGUGCGGUGUCCUCUCCUGCAGGGCACCAGAGACAUCGUUUCAAGUUAAGUGGGUCGCGCCGUGGUGUCGGAAUCGCAGUGGACGCCCGGCCAGGCCUCGGCCGCUGGGAGCCUCGUCCCCGGCGGCUGGACGUCUGAUAAAGCGCGGUCCAGGGCGCCCCCGUGCAGCUCUCGCCGGUGCUUAGGGGUCUUGCCGGCGCCCCCGAGGCUCGUCUCAGGUUCCCUCGCAGUGCAUCCCUCCCGAGGGUGUUGCCUACGGCGAGGCCUGCAUUCGUGCUUUUUUCCACUGACCUGAGGAGCCGUCAGAGCCGAGGGCGAGCGAGGCGGUUGAUGAGUGCCCGAGGCGCAGAGCCGCGGCCGGCCGUGCGCGCCCAGGACCGGCUCCGAGGGGCCCGGCGCGCGGGCGCCCAGGGGCGGGGAGCUGCGGGCCGGGGAUGAGCGGCCGCGUGCCGCUGGCGGAGAAGGCUCUGUCGGAGAGCUACGCCCGCCUCCGGUACCGGGACGCCUCCCUGCUCAUCUGGCGGCAGCAGCAGCGGCGGCUGGAGUCGGCGCCCCCGCGGACCUACCUGAGCCGGAGCCGCAGCAUGUGGUACUCGCAGUACGGAAACGAGGCCAUCCUGGUGCGGGACAGGCACAAGCUCGGAGUGUCCCGGGACACGGGCCGGUCCCAGGUCUGUGCAAUCAUGUAGCCCCGGCGGGACACCCGCGCCCGGGCGCUGAGCUGUGCGGAGCCCAGGCCCCGCUGCCCUCCCUGAGGGGCCUCGGCGGCUUCCAGGCCUCACGGGGAGACGCUGGAGAGUGAAGCCCCGGCUGUGCUCCAGGGGCCCACGCAUGCUGGCGGGGGCUCCCAAGCCGUCUCCGCGCGUGGCGCGGCCGGCGGACCGGCUCCGGGCUCGCUUCCAGCCGGCGCGCCGCUACACACGCGGCUUGACCCUUAGGUCUCCAAGCAGACCAGGCGGGAGGGCACCCUGGCUUCACACAACCCUCUCCGAACUCUCCGGGUCGCUUCCAGCAUUCCCUUCCGCCUGGUCAAGAACGGGACAGAUCUAGAAAAAGUGACGGGGUUCGCGGCAGGCACGGCCGAGCACCGCGUGCGGGGCCAGGCGGGGUCAGCGGCCGGCAGCAGCCCCGCGGCGGGGCCUUCGGCGACGAGGAACGGGCGUCGUGGGCCGUGCGCGGCGGGAGCGUCUACGCCGACUUCCACGUACUCGCGGGCGAGCACGCGAGGGCAUCCACACGCAUUCCGGAAACCAAGAGUCACCCUUAAGUUCCACGUCCGCUGCUGACGGAGAUUUCGGACGGAAUCUCAGCGCUGCAAAGGGCAGGCUGGGCCUCUGCGGGGAGGCGGCCGCGCGUCAGCCCUGCGGCGCCCCCGUGUGGGCAGGUUUUGCGAGGCAUUUGCAAAGGAUGUGCGGUCCGCUGGAACGGGUCUGCGUGGCUUUGCAACUGUGGGGGUUAUCUUUUGUCAGAGCUGAUUUUUCUAAAUAAAUAUGCUUUGGGACACUCCUUCCUUCCUCACUCUUUUACCUGUCUGUUCAGAAUACGUUAACUUGACUUCAGGUUUGUUUUUUUCAAUAACAGGCGAAUCUAAUGAU